AUAGAUGCUGCCCAAGAACAGCAUAGAGAUGCAAAGGGUCAGAUUUCAGGCUCCAUUAAAGAUUUGAGAUACCUCAAGUGCAAAUUUGUAAUACAAAUCCUUAACCUGAAGCUAUUCAGCCUUGGGAACAGAAGACUUUUAUCAUAGCUAUUAUGUCUCAAAAUAACAAGCCAAACACAAAGAUCAGCAAUUCAACUCGCCUACCUCGGAAGCGUUUCUACCGAGCACGAGCACACAGCAACCCACUGAGUGAUUCCCACUUUCCAGUCCCCAUCACACCUUUGAAUGUAGAUUAUUCCCUCCAUUAUCCACAUUUCUUCCCAUCGUACAAAAUCAAUAAUGACAAUGAUGAUGUGACCAGCACAGACCAGGCACCAUCUCUUGGUGUCUGUUCCAAAAAAAUCCAGUUUGCAGACAUUGGUUGUGGCUUUGGAGGCUUACUUGUCAACCUUGCAACACUCUUUCCUGAAACUCUAAUGAUUGGGAUGGAGCUUAGGGAUAAAGUCACAGAAUAUGUCCGUGAACGGAUCUUGGCUUUGAGGGAAGCGAACCCAGGACAGUACCAGAACAUCUCUGUGGUACGGACCAAUUCGAUGAAAUAUAUUCCAAAUUUCUUUGAGAAAGGGCAACUGUUGAAGAUGUUCUUCUUGUUCCCAGAUCCUCACUUUAAAGAGAAGAAUCAUCGUCGUCGAGUGAUAAGCCCACACUUGCUUGAUGAGUAUGCUUACACACUUGAAGUAGGGGGUAUUAUAUACACAAUUACUGAUGUGGAAGAGCUUGGAGAGUGGAUGAAGGCUUGUUUGGAGGGUCACCCUCUCUUUGAAGCAAUCACAGAAGAAGAGCUUAAAGCUGACCCAGUUGUGAAGCUCUUGACUUCUGCAACAGAGGAAGGGCAGAAGGUGGCUCGAAAUGGAGGUCAGACUUUUCAAGCAGUUUAUAGACGCAUAUCAGUCUCUGAGGAAGAAAGCAGAUGAAUUGAAAUAGAAGCUUGGUGAAACUUGGUCCUCCGUAAGAACUUAGAAAUGGCAUACAGGACAGUUCCAGAUUGAUUGGGAUCGUUUAGCGUGUGAUAGCUACACAGGGUAAUUAUGUUGCAAUGUUUCCUGCUUUGUCACUAUACGGUAGUCUACAUAUGCAUUGAUCUGGGCCGUCUACAUUUGCCAUCUUCUGUUUUACAGAUUGCUAAUUUGGUUUGAUCAGUAAGAACCAUAAUGAGUAAUAUUCAUAUUUAUUAUUCUGUUUU